CUUUUACCCGACGUUCUAUUUUCCACCGUCUCUGGACAUGUUGAGGCCUCAUUUUCUGCGGCCGCUAUCGCGAGGCCUACACCAGGGUGUUCCUAUACUCAGAAGCUCAGCAGCUUCCACAGGUUGUAGAGGGUUGGCUACCGUUGUUGCCGAGGAGAAGGAUCCUGUCGAACUCGAUCAGAUUACCACUCUUCCGAAUGGCAUCCGGGUCGCGACUGAGGCCCUCCCAGGUCACUUCUCUGGUGUUGGAGUCUACGUCGAUGCGGGUUCCAGAUAUGAGAACGAUGCGCUGCGGGGCGUCAGCCAUAUUAUAGACCGGCUGGCAUUUAAGUCGACGAAGCAAACGGCCGGGGAUGAGAUGAUAGAGAAAAUGGAGUCAUUGGGCGGGAACAUUCAAUGUGCCUCAUCUCGCGAAUCGCUGAUGUAUCAAUCGGCGACGUUCAACUCCGCAGUCCCAACAACAAUUGGUCUUCUGGCCGAAACAAUCCGCGACCCCCUCAUCACGGAGGACGAGGUGCAGCAACAGCUCGAGACAGCAGACUACGAGAUUGGGGAAAUCUGGUCCAAGCCAGAGUUGAUAUUACCGGAGCUUGUACACAUGGCAGCAUACAAGGACAACACCUUGGGCAACCCAUUACUUUGUCCCAAAGAGAGGUUACCAUUCAUCAACCGUGCGGUAGUGGAGGCGUACAGGAAAGAAUUCUACAAGCCGGAAAGGAUAGUGGUAGCAUUUGCUGGCGUAAACCACGACGAGGCAGUACAGCUAUCACAACAAUAUUUCGGCGACAUGCAGAAAGGAGCUGGACCCUCGCUGAUCGGCGUCGGCGAAGACAGCAUAAUUUCAAGCACCAUGCCCUCACAACAAUCCUUCACAGCCCAACACCCAACACCCACCGGCGCACCACCGCAGACCUCUAAACUCCUCUCCAAAAUCCCCUUCUUCAAAAAUAUCUCAACAUCCGCGACUUCCAACGCUUCCGUAAAUACCUCCUUUAACCCCUCUCUAGACUACCCACCAAUUGACUUCUCUGCACCGUCCCACUACACCGGCGGCUUCCUUACCCUCCCUCCAAUCCCACCCCCCCUCAACCCCGCCCUCCCCCGCCUCUCACACAUCCACCUCGCUUUCGAAGCCCUCCCCAUCUCCUCCCCCGACAUCUACUCUCUCGCAACCCUACAAACCCUGCUCGGAGGUGGCGGCUCAUUCAGCGCCGGCGGGCCCGGCAAAGGCAUGUACUCCCGACUCUACACCAACGUGCUGAACCAGCACGGUUGGGUCGAAUCCUGCAUAGCCUUCAACCACUCAUACACCGACUCCGGCCUCUUCGGCAUCGCAGCAUCCUGUACCCCCAGCCAAGUCGCCCAGAUGCUAGAAGUCAUGUGUCGCGAACUCAGCGCACUCGGGCAAGAAACUGGAUACUCAGCUCUCAAAGACGGUGAAGUGCAACGCGCAAAAAACCAGCUUCGAUCGAGCCUGCUGAUGAAUCUUGAGAGUCGCAUGGUGGAGUUGGAGGAUCUGGGGCGACAGGUGCAGGUUCAUGGAAGGAAAGUUGGAGUUAAGGAGAUGUGCAGGAAUAUCGAGCAGGUUACUAUUCAGGAUCUACGGCGCGUGGCGAAGCAGGUUUUUGGGGGUGAGAUUGUAAAUGCGGGGUGUGGGAGUGGGGCGCCGACAGUGGUGCUGCAGGAAGGGGAGCAGGAGGGGCUGAUGAGGAAAGAGUUUUCGUGGGAGGAUAUUCAGGGUAGGAUUGCGAGGUGGAAGCUGGGGAGGAGGUGAGGGAAUGGGGAUGUGGGGGCAGGCGUAUGAUUGUCGCGUAUGAACGGAUCAUAGAUGGAGGACCUUGUAUUUAUAGAAUGGAGUUUGGAAUGGGUGGAUGUUUGAAUGGAAUGGGUUAAGGAACCUGGUUUUAGACCCGGGGAAAUUGUACGUUGUGGGUGGAUACAGUAAUGUGACAAUUACGCUCUUC